UUUUUAUUUCAUUCAUAUUUACCUAUUUCUGAAUUUUCUACUCUAGACUUAUUCUGCGUUUUUCUUCUCCUACUCACAGUGAGUAGGAGAAGUUCCUGAGCUUAGUUUGGACUAUUUUACAUUAUUAUCGUCUAAAGAAUCCAUGUAUUCACAACUAAGUGCGUAGUCAUCCAAUUACAUAUUAUAACCCAGUAUGAGCAGUCUUCGAAGUUCAUAUAUAUGAUUUCAGGUUCUUAACACCUUUAAAAAGUUGCAUCGUACAAGAAUGAAAAUAUUUUCAGGAGAUGAGAGAGCUUUGACUGCAGCUAGAUUAAAGAUAAAUGAAGAAUUCAACAAAAAUAAACAUGUUAAAGAAGAGGAUGCUAUAAAAGCAAUGAUUAAACUUGCUGAAGAUGUUGAAAGAGAACUGAGAACUCAAGUUAUACAGGCUCGAGAAAUAAAACCAGGUGUAUUCGAGGCAAAAGUAAAUGAAGAUACUGUUAUGUUGGAUAAUGUACCAUUUGAUGAACAUGCUGUAAUUGAGAAUUCUCCCAAAAGUAGAAGAUCAUGUUGUCAAAGUGAAUCAAAAUCUAAAUAAAAUGGAUUGCAGAGCCUAUGAUGCUUUAAAACACUGGACAGAAUUUAUAUUAUACAUAAACACAUUUCAUCAUAGGUAUUCAAAGAUGUGUAGCUCAUGUAGUACUUAAGAAAAGUUUUAGUUAAUAAUAAUAUCCUAGUCUUUUGCUUGUAUUUUCAAUAUGUAGUUAUUCUAAUAUAAUAUAUUUCAAAUCUAAA